UCCAAGCUGUACUAAAACAUGUCUGUAAGAGUUGAAAGCGACGCCUUUGGCGAAAUCGAAGUCCCAUCUGAUAAGUACUGGGGUGCUCAAUCCCAAAGAUCUUUGGGUAACUUUGACAUUGGUGACAUCAAGAUGCCUGAACCAAUUGUCCGUGCCUUUGGUGUUUUGAAGCAAGCUGCUGCACUUGCCAACGAAGAUUUGGGACUCUUGGAUGCUAAGCUUUCCAAGGCUAUUCAACAAGCCGCCUCUGAAGUUGCUGCUGGUAAAUUGACUGAACAUUUCCCACUUGUUGUCUAUCAAACCGGAUCUGGUACUCAAUCCAACAUGAAUGCUAAUGAAGUUAUUUCUAACCGUGCCAUUGAAAUCUUGGGCGGUGUUCAAGGUUCUAAGACUCCUGUGCAUCCUAAUGACCACUGUAACAUGUCACAAUCUUCUAAUGAUACCUUCCCUACUGUCAUGCACAUCGCUGCUGUCACUGAAAUCUCCAAGAAGUUGCUUCCAUCAUUGACCAACUUACGUGAUGCUUUUGAAGCUAAAUCUCAAGCAUUCAAGGAUAUCAUCAAGAUUGGUAGAACUCAUUUACAAGAUGCCACUCCAUUAACUUUGGGCCAAGAAUUCAGUGGAUAUGUUCAACAAUUAACCUUUGGUAUUGCUAGAAUUGAAGCUGUCUUACCUCGUUUAUCCUUGUUGGCUCAAGGUGGUACUGCUGUCGGUACUGGUUUGAACACCAAGAUCGGGUUUGAUGUCAAGGUUGCCGAUGAAGUAUCCAAAUUGACUGGAUUGCCUUUCAAGACUGCUCCAAACAAGUUUGAAGCCUUGGCUGCCCAUGACGCCUUUGUUGAAGCCCUGGGUGCCUUAAACACUCUUGCUGUUUCUCUUUUCAAAAUCUCCAACGAUAUCCGUUACUUAGGAUCUGGUCCACGUUGUGGAUAUGGAGAAUUAUCUCUUCCAGAAAACGAACCAGGUUCGUCAAUCAUGCCUGGUAAGGUUAACCCUACCCAAUGUGAAGCCAUGACCAUGGUCUGUGCCCAAGUUAUGGGUAACCAUACUACCAUCACCUUUGCCGGUGCUCUGGGUCAAUUUGAAUUGAACGUUUUCAAGCCAGUCAUGGCCAGCAACUUGUUGUCCUCCGUAAGAUUACUUGGAGAUGCUUGUCGUUCCUUCCGUAUCCAUUGUGUUGAAGGGAUCAUUGCCAACGAAGAAAAGAUCGCCAAGGUUUUGCAUGAAUCCUUGAUGUUGGUCACUGCUUUGAACCCAAAGAUUGGUUAUGAUAACGCAUCCAAGGUCGCCAAGAAUGCUCACAAGAAGGGUUUGACCUUGAAGCAAUCUUGUUUGGAAUUAAACAUGUUGACUGAAGCUGAAUUCGAUGAAUGGGUCAGACCUGAAAAUAUGAUUGGUCCAAAGGAUUAAGUAGAGAGUAGCACUUGUUUCUUAAUAUAACGAAGAGAAAAAAAGAAGAAGAAGAAGAAGAAGAAUUAAUAAUGGAGUAAAGCAGAUGUGUUUUUAUCUGUAAAAUUACAUUGUAGCCACUCUAUAUUAUUUUUGUCGUCGUAACAUUUCAUUAAAUAACACUCACUAUCAA